AUCUUGCCUCUUUACUCCUCUGUCUUCCCUUGUCGCUCGGCUUCUCAGCCAAGCAGAUAUAAAGCCCCUCUUUCUCUCUCACUCACAAUUCUGGAUCCCUAAAUCUAGGGCUUCUUUACUCUGAGGGAUCUUUGUUCGUUUAUCGGGAUCACAAUCAAGUACUGCAAGAUGGAUGGUUCAUAUAGCUUUUGGCAAUUGGGCGAUGAGCUGCGAGGUCAGACGAAAGUCUCUGAGGAUCAUAAAUGGUUAUGGGCUGCAUCUAAACUGGCUGAGCAGACAAGAUCAAAGGGGGAGCGCCUCAAUAACCUUGAUUUUUCAAAGAGCGCUCUUGAUGCACGGCCAAGGGAAAAGUUUGGUUUUCAGGAAGAUAACAAAUUUGAAAGCUUCAACUUUAACAUGUUGAGCUUGGAUUCAAAAAUGACCGACCCUGUUAACAAAAGUUCAUUAAGGAAUGGAAUUUACAACAUGAGUGCAGUUUAUGGCAAAAACAAUACAAAUGUUGCUGGAAAUCUGCCCGGUACCAAGUACAGUGGCAAUGACUAUGUCAACAAAGAUCUUACCAAUUACAGCAGUACCAACAAUAACGUUGGCGAAAAUGCGAACUCCAUCAAUGCAAUUGACAAAAGAUUCAAGACAUUGCCAGCAACAGAGACACUGCCCAGAAAUGAAGUGCUUGGUGGAUACAUCUUUGUCUGUAACAAUGAUACCAUGCAGGAAGAUUUAAAGAGACAACUUUUUGGUUUGCCACCAAGAUAUCGGGAUUCAGUGCGUGCAAUAACUCCGGGCUUGCCUCUGUUUCUCUAUAACUACACCACCCAUCAGUUACAUGGCAUUUUUGAGGCAGCAAGUUUUGGGGGCUCCAACAUCGAUCCAACUGCUUGGGAAGACAAGAAAUGUAAAGGUGAAUCCAGGUUUCCAGCUCAGGUAAGGAUCCGCAUUAGAAAACUCUGCAGGGCACUAGAAGAAGAUUCCUUCAGGCCAGUCUUGCACCACUAUGAUGGUCCAAAAUUCCGUCUUGAAUUAUCAAUCCCAGAGACAUUGGAUCUUCUAGACCUGUGUGAGCAGGCGGGUUCAGCAUCAUAAGUUAAUCAACAAUGACAAGCUUAUGCAUCACAGAAAAUGGCAAAUGAAGAGGGCUCAAUGGUUUCUGUCCGCUAAGGCUAAGACACAGACUUUCCAAAGAGCGCAAGCUUGGGAUAGUCUGAUCAAGCAGAGAGAGUAGUGAGUUUGGUGAGUGGAGGCUUAAGCCGAAAUAAGUAAGGGAAAAAAAAUUUGUAUCUUCUUCUUGUAUUGUUGUAUUGUAUCAUCAGACAAGGUGAGUAGAUAAUGUAAUAGUGAAUGAUAGAAGCCAUAUAUAUGGAUGAAAAAAAAUGCAGCCAUAUUUAAGGCUCGUGUGUUUCUUUUUAUUGAAAGACUAUUUUAUGAAUUGGUGCUACACAAUAGGCACUUUUAU